AUGGGUUGGUUCUGGGCCGAUGCCCCGAAAGCGAGUGCACCUCCUGCGCCGCAACAUGCCGCCGCUCCUCCGCCAGGAUGCCCUAUGCAUAAGGCAGAUACCGGAAACCCUACACCCUUCCCUCCGCGGCUCGAUCCAUCGACAUCGACUCCUUCAUCUUGUCCGGUCAAGUCUCCAAACCAUCCGCUAAGACAUCAACCCUCAGAAUUUUCUAGUCGACCUGAACCCUCAGAGCAAAGGCCUCCACCCUCCUCCUCUUCUUCCUCGACCCUUUCCAAACUUAACCCUUUGAAUUACAUGCCCUCGCUUUCCAACAGUCGCCCGGCCGAUUCCCCUCAAUCGAUACAUUUGCCUCUUGACCGAGAGACUUCUUCCAUUCCGCGCAGUGAUUCACAGUCGAAUUGGGAAUACCCUUCUCCACAGCAGAUGUACAAUGCCAUGCUUCGCAAGGGCUACACGGACACCCCUGCCGAACACGUCGAGGCGAUGGUCGCCGUGCAUAAUUUCUUGAACGAGGGAGCAUGGGCAGAGAUAGAGGAGUGGGAACGGAUUUUUGCCGGCGGUCUGUGGAAAGGGUGGGAGACGUGUUCGCGAGGAGAGCAGGCCAUCACUCUAGAUCGUGCGAGGCAGGAAUUCAUUGCUCAACGACGACUAGCCCUCGGGUUAAGCCCGGACCCGAAAGAGGACGAGUCGAAACCAAAGCUGAUCCGCUUUCAAGGUCGCCCCAAGGAACCAUCUCCCAAGGCUCGGAUCCUGCAGAUGUUGGGCAAAGUCUUCCCGGACCACUUCUCUCAAGAACCCCCCUUUGACCGACACGACUGGUAUAUUUCCCGGAAGCUCCCCAACGGGUCGUCUAAAGAAGUGCGCUACGUGAUAGACUAUUAUGGAGGCGGCAUCGAAGAGGAAACGGGGCAACCUGUGUUCUACUUGGAUAUCCGACCUGCAUUGGAUACCCCAACGGCGGCAGUGGAGAGGGCGAUGAGGUGGGGAGGGGACGUGUGGCAUCGGGCGUCUGGAGGAGCGGUGAGAGAGGCUGCCGCACGAACAAAGGACAAGGAGAAUGGAUCAUGA